GAGAUGCUCGAAAGGAUUUCUCGCGUAUUGCAAGCAACAAGUUACGUGACAUAUUGCACGCUCAGUACGUGUAACCGAUGAAUCCAUGUGGGCGCAACAAAAAGAGUCUGAGUUAUUUCGAUUCAGUCGUUUGAACCGAUCGGGUGGAUAAUACAUUUAAGAGAAGAAAAAUGCCGCGACUUCCGGUGACGUCACUACUGCAGCAGGUGCGCCCCUUGGUACGCCAGAUCCGGCAAGCGCAUGUUGCUAAGCCCGGGGAAUAUUGGUACCUGCCCGGGGUGAAACCUAACUGGAAAUACGCCGAGGUUUGGCCCAUGCUAUUUGCGACAGGUUUCGCUGUAGUAUCGACCAUCGCGUACCCCGUCUACAACUUCUACGCGAGCAUGAUGAACAACGACGCAGAGUGGGAUCCCCCAUUGCAGCUGAUCCUGUCACCGGAAGACAAAAUACCGAUUCCCAUGGAUCAAAUGGGCAUGGGGCCGAAGAUGCAAAAUGAAUUGCCCAUUCCAGAUAGAGCCAACCGGAAGUUCUUCGAGAAGUGGUUAGGCAUCCGAUAAUGUUUGCCGCGCAUAACGUCGUGAAUAUGAUCAUCCUUUAUCAUCAUCAUACCAUUGUUCAUUUAUAUUAUGCUAUGUGCGUGUGUGUGUGAGCUAAGUUAGGGAGGCGGAAAACUACAACGGGCGAGGCAUGGUCAGGGGUGAUAACCCCAAAAAAGGGUUAGGGUAAGGGUUAGGGGUCGGGUUAGGGUUAGGGUUGGUUUUAGGCUAACCCAAACCCUAACCCGACCCCUAACACUAACCCUAACCCUCUAACCCCCCUUGCGCAAUACCAUACCAUGCCUCGCCCGUUGUCGUUUUCCGCCUCCCUCUAAGUUAUUUGUUGUCAAAGUACUUGUGUGAGUGCGCAUAACGGAAGUACGAACCGCAUCAUGGUGGUACGCCAUCUGUCGGUCAGCCGCGUGUCUGGCUUCAUGUAAACUGUGUUAAGCUGGUGCCUCUGAGUUCUGUGCGCGAAGGCUCCGUGUAUACUGUGUACAGCUUGACUUCACGUAAUAGUAUCAUCAGACGAUGUUUGCAGUCGGUUACAGCAUUCAGGUGGUCAACAAUGGGCAGUAGGAAAACCGUGUCACUUGACCUUCUGUUAAUAACAUUUAGGAACACGCCACAGACUUACUUUUUAGCAAAGGUUCUAAUGUGUUUGGGUCACAGUCUCGUGAGGUGCCAUACAUAUUACACAUUGUUAAAUCAAGGCAAAUUCGUUUGAUUAGCGUUUGGUCGUGUAUACUAGUAUGUAGCGUAACUACAGUGUCGACAGCCGUUUUGCUGUGUGUUUUUGUUCGAGUCUGCAUUCUACAUACAUAGUGUAUCUACUGAAUUGCAAUGUGGCUAUCGGGUCCGUUGACGUCUUGAGACUUAGAUGUGAUAAAUUCAACUCAGUGCACUAACAGUUGUUAAGAUUUGUAUUUAAAACCUAUGUCUACUACACCAAGAUUGUUUAUUUUAUGUUGACCUGUCUAUAGUUAUUGAUUACGUUUUCAUAAAUGUUGUUAUUAAAUCAUUAAAACAG